AUGGCUGGCCCUAACAUGGAGCUGUUCCGCUUCGGCUUAUACCUUCUUUUCCCGCUUGGUUUCAUGGUAUACUUUGGUGACCCAGCCUGGUACGAUAAAUAUGUUUUGCCGCACCGCCAUCGUUUUGAGCCGCCUGCCAAUGAAUUCCACCCUCCCAAGACAGCAAGUGACCUGAAAAAGACAUUAGACCAUGUCCGGCAUGGGGAGUCGAUAAGGAACCAUCCUGUGGUCCAAGCCGGUCUAUCAGAUUGGCGGCAGGCUGAUAGUGAGCGCCUAAUUUAA